CCCACCUGCACUUUGGUUUCUUUGGGUGCGCCUCAUGAUGCAGUGAGAGCACAGAUAACCCUAUUCCCUUUUGCGUCACGCUUUCUAACUUUCCACGCCUCGUCUUCGAUUCGAUAAACACAACGUUCCUGACUGCUGCCUCGUAAGGUUUCCGCACUCCCGCCGUCUAUAACAGGUCCUGCACCGCCGAUACUCCGCAUCCAAACUGCCCGUCUCUCUCGGAUUCCGCUACCGACAGCAAUCAUGACCGCUUUCAGCUCUUCCUCAGAGGUUCCUAAGAGACCCAAAGGUAUCCUGAAGAACAACAGCUCCUACAUGGGCGAGCACCCCGCUCAGGACCCUCCGUCGCCAACGAACACACACGCCGCCAGCCAGAUCAAUGCGCCCAGUAACCCUGACCGCCCUACAAUGAACCGCGAGAUGUCCGAGAAAGAGGUUGUGCAAAUGAACACAGAAAUCAAUGCAGGCGGCCGUCGCAACUCGUCAAACCCUCGUGGCAGCAUCUCACGUCGCCAGUCAGGUGUCGACGGAAGUCAACACGCAGACCAUGGCUCGCCGAGACUGAAGUGGGAUGAGGGCAAUCUCUUCCUCAACGAGAGCCAGAUGGGCGGCAAGAUGAAGAUUGACGAGCCCAAGACUCCUUACGUCGGCCGCUACGACCCCGAUGACGAUGAAGAGUUGUCCAACAUCAACCCUGAUGACCUGAUGGUGGACGAACUGGACAAGGCAAAGGAGCUUGAAGGUGAUGGUUCCAGCAAGAAGAAGCCCCGUGAGGUCGAUAUUCCCGAUCUCGACCUUGGAGAGCCCGAGCAGGACACCCUCGAGCGCAGACACAGCGAUUCGGAGAGAAGAGUCAUGGUCGACCCGGAUCAAAUGGACAUUGAUGGCGCAAGACAUGGCGAGACACCCGAGAACAUUCCCCAGGAGGAGAGAGAGAAGCACGAGAAGUUUGAGAACAUGAGAAAGAAACACUACGAGAUGCACAACAUCAAGAAUUUGCUCGGACAUGGUAGCGAGGAACUUGACGACGAAUGAUGGAGCUUACAGGACAUAGCGACUGAUGCGACCCGGGACUGGGGGUCUCUUUUCGAUUUCGUGUUUCCUUUUGCAUAGCGGCGUUAUACAUCUGGGAUGCGUGCAUGAACACACUUGGGACACCAGGCGAAGGUGGUAUGAUUUUUUCCAUUCCAAUCCGAACAUAUCUCGUUUGUCAUUUGUCGUUGAUCACUUUGAGCUUCAGUUCCUGCUUGCGCGGUUGAUUGGCCACCCGAUCUCGGAGUGAUUUGCUCUGUAUUGUGGUCUCGCUCUGAAUGUCUUUACACGCUAGAUGACACCAUCAAUACAUUAAUAGUCGUGAAGUCUUGCACUCAUGCAGGGUUGGGCUUGAGACCAAUCUGCAGACGCAGCCUUUCUCUCUUCUCC